AUGGACCUCAUAGUCAAGGAAUGGGAACAAGCCUGUCUGCCCAUACAGGAGCAGAUCGACAGCUUUGCCACCUUUGCCAGCGGCAAAGCUGUACGGUCCAGCUCUCGGCCCCCGAACGACCGCCGACCUAGCCAUACGCUCAAUCGUUUCCGGAGUAACCAUAACCUCUCAGGCCACCAAAGCUCAGCAACAUCCCCGGCUGACAUGAGGCCAAUCCCGGCAUACAACUCCAAGCCUUCUCUUGGAUCUAGAUCGAAGUCAGCAUCUUCUGCUCCUGUUACUCCCAGUGUUCCUCUUUUGACGAAACCGCCGAUUCAAUCCUUCCCAUCUUCGUCCCAAGUUGACGUCCGUACUCCCUCAUCAUCACACUUAACUACAGAUUCAUCAGAACAAUAUUUAAACGGUCUUAGCCCGCAGAAGCUGCUCAGUAUUCAGACAUCCCCCGUGUUAGUCGGGAAGAAGAAACCACCCCCGCCGCCUCCAAAACCACGCAGCGCUUCUUCACACGCAAGCUUCGUGACUGCUCUUUAUGACUUUGGCGGACAGAGCGUAGGCGACCUGGCCUUUCAAACGGGGGAUCGAAUUCGCGUACUGAAGAAAACGGAUAGUACGGAUGAUUGGUGGGAAGGCGAGCUUCAUGGAACAAGGGGGAGUUUUCCUGCGAACUACGUGGAAUGA